GAACCGCACCAUGAAGGGGACAUCCUUUCUUCUUGGGUGAUCCGUUCUCUCUGUCUUGAAGAAGAAGAAAAGAGGAAAAGCCGUCUUCAAAUACAGUCCAGAGAGAGUCAGAGAGAGAGGAAAAGCAAGUUUUUCAGUGGAGGAAAGCUCGCAAUCGGAACGGUGACGUAGAGGAAAAUGUUCAGGAACCAGUACGAUACAGACGUGACUACAUGGAGCCCAGCGGGGCGGUUGUUCCAAGUUGAAUACGCGAUGGAGGCCGUGAAGCAGGGUUCGGCGGCGAUCGGGCUUAGAUCCAAGACCCAUGUGGUCUUGGGUUGCGUCAACAAGGCUAACUCCGAGUUGUCUUCUCACCAGAAGAAGAUCUUCAAAGUUGACGACCACAUUGGCGUCGCCAUCUCCGGUCUUACCGCAGACGGCCGCGUCCUCUCUAGGUAUAUGCGAAAUGAGUGCAUCAACUACAGCUUCACGUACGAGUCGCCUCUUCCUGUGGGCCGACUCGUCGUCCAACUCGCCGAUAAAGCCCAGGUCUGCACCCAACGCUCUUGGAAACGACCUUAUGGUGUUGGCCUGUUGGUGGCUGGCUUGGAUGAAUCUGGGGCUCAUCUCUACUACAACUGCCCAAGUGGAAAUUACUUUGAGUACCAGGCUUUUGCCAUUGGAUCCCGCUCACAAGCUGCAAAGACAUACUUGGAACGCAGGUUUGAGAACUUUGUGGACUCCCCUCGGGAUGAUUUGGUCAAAGAUGCUCUUAUGGCAAUAAGGGAGACCCUUCAAGGAGAAGCUCUAAAAAGCUCAAUAUGUACAGUUGCUGUGGUAGGGGUUGGGGAGCCAUUCCAUAUUUUGGAUCAGGGAACUGUACAACAAAUGAUCGAUGCCUUUGAGAUUGCGGGAGAGCAAGAAGUUCCUGCCACCGACCCUGAUGCUGCCGCAGGUCAGGAGGCUGCAUCUGAGCAGGGUGCUGCUGCUGACGAAGGAGUGGCACCAAUGGAUAUUUGAGAAUGUGAGAACCUGCGUGCCACCCUCGUCUUUAGAUGAGGUUUUCUAGCAUGUGUUUGCUGAUUUGAGUUGGGCACUGGUAGACAUUAUUGUGUUGGAUAUUUCCUGAUUGUUUAUGCAAAUUACAUUUUCCCUUGGUGCAAACAUGGAAUGCUAGCCUGAGCUGAAACUUAAAACUACAUUUACAUUUAUACUCAAGAUACUACACUACUUCGAAUAAUGAAAUUUGAUGCAAGUCUCUUGGAACGCCAAGGUGGAGUGGGCGAAGAUGAGGAUUUGUGACUCACUCAAAUUUUGCAUCAAGGGCACAAAGAUACCCACAAACAUGAAACGACUUAUGGUAGGUACUUUUGCGAGCUGAACUUAAAACGUAUUCAAUUCCUUGGUCGCCCAAUUGAAACUAGACUUUAAAUAGAUUCAAAUCUUCGCCAUGUCUUACUGAAACCAGAAUUUCCAACUCCCUGGCUUCUUCAUUUCCUCCUGAUCAUG